UUUUAGGUUGUUUAGAAGUUGACAGCUGUUGGACGAAACAUGCUGUUCCUCUUGCAUAAUUGUUCUUAGUAAACUGAGAAUGGAUGAGAAAAUUGCUCCGUUUAACAAGAAAGUGAAUCAGCUGAAACUGGGUCCCAGUUUCGAUCCAAAGCCUUGUACAGCAUUCCAUUCUAUCAGAUAUGACUUUAAACCAGCGUCGGUGGAUCCAAGCCGUGAGUCAUGUGUCGAGGUGGGUGAAGGCCACCAGGUGACUGUCACAGUACCACACGUUCAGGGAUCGGGUACUUCUCACACAGUGUAUAAGGGCAACAAAAAGCCAUGUCCCAAAGAAUGUGUUUUAAUAAUCGAUCAUGACACCGGGACAUUUACCCUGGAGAGACUUGCCAGUGCGGUACAGCUCAAGAAAACAAGGAUGGAAGGAUCGAGUAAACAGCUGAGUAGGCCAAUAACGCCGGUAGAUGCAAUAAAACAGAAAUCUGCAUCCCCGUCAAAGACAAAGUCAGUGCCGAAGAGUCCUGUUUCAAUGAAGAGCAACUCACCGGCUCCGCCCAGUCAACCAGAGACCAUUGAUUCAAUUGGUAUGAUCAGCAGUUCUGACAGCUCUAGUGACAGUGAUUCUGAUGUCGAAAUGAAAAAAGCUCCCACACCUGUAGCAGACAGCAGUUCAGUUCUGAAAUCUCAUCAUAUGUUGAAAGAAGACCUGCAGCUGUCGGAGUCUGGAAGUGACAGCGACUGAUGCUUCACAGCACAUUCGACUAUUUGACUAGCCCAACAGUCUUUCCACGGCCUCGCUCAGUUUUCUUUUCUAAUAUAGCUGGACUCUGGUUUUCCUCUGGUCACUCACACUGAUGUCCGAGGACACUGGACACAGUGCACAUAAUUACAGUCUUUCAUACAAUUUGCAUUUUAUGGCAGUUCUGAUCAUGAAGUGAGAUGGGUUCAUUAGAGCUCUUUAGGUCAAAAUAUUUCAGAGAUUUAAAUUUGUUUCUGUAACGAUGGAAAGAAAUAAGGGAACACAUGGUAUUUAAGACCCAAUUUAACUUAGUACAGAGAUGUAAUGUCGGAGAAUGUCAGUACUCUGGCAUUGAAUGUCCAUAAAACAGUUUAAUUUCCUGAUACUGUGCAUGAGGGUUAAGGUAGCAGUCAAUAUUUGCUGUUAUCAUUUAUGUGUUUCCUUCUUUCUUUCUAUCAGAAUAUUAUUGUUAGAGGAACAAUAACAGUUAUGAGAGAUGGGUGGACCACUAGAAUUUUCCAGAACUCUGGAUUUUAGAGCCACAUGAAAACUGUUUCUGUCCGUAAUCUUUGAUUGAACGCUUACUGUAGGCCUAUACAUUUGGAGACACUCCAAACUGUUCGAGACUUCUUUCUUUUUUUAGGUGGGUGGGGUGGAUGUUAAAAUAGAGACUACAUGUAAGAAAAUAGUUGCAUGAUGUUUAUGCUAUUGUCAUGCCAGGUGUAGCAACCCACUACUCAAUGGCUAGCCAUUCGUUACAGGGAUGUGAUACCCAUUUUAAGAAUAAAAGCUGAAAUAAUCUUUUAAAAGCUGAAAAACUAUACUUUACCUUAAAAAACGGCCCUUUUUCAGCUCUCUCUCUCUUUUUCAAUUCCACUCUACUUUGUGUAAAUCAUUUUAAACAAAAAAAGCUGUAAUUUGUUAAAAAGUAGAAAAAUCCCAUCCCAGUGUCUUAUUUAGGCAUCUUGCUUUGAAAGCAAAUCUGAAACAAACAUGUUGAGAUGCUGAAUGAUUUUUUCUACCCUGUCUGUAAUAUGAAAAAUUGUUGUGUAAUGUGGGAAAAUAUAGAUAGAUUAUUGUUUUGGUCUUGGUGAAGUCGAAAAAUGAAAACUAAGGUAUUUCUUUUGAUAUAUUUUUUUGCAAUUGAAAAAUCCCUAUAAAGGAAUCCGUGGGUUAUUGGCACUUAAAUUCAGUAUUACAUUUUCUUAAAAGUUUAUUUCACAAUGUGCUGUAUUACUGGCUAUAUUCAUUUGUACACAGUGUCUUGCUAACUGCAUUUAUCAUGCAACCAUGCUUCUUAUUGACCUGAUAACCCCUACCUGAUAAUUUGAAGUGUUACCAUGUCACUAGGAAGUGUUACCAUGUCACUAAGAAAUGAGUGGUGCGCAUGAUGGAUGUUUGCUCAAUUUUGAGGUAGAUAAUUUUCUCAUUUUUCAAACAUCCGUUUGCAGCAUUAAUUGUUGAACUGCAUAAAUAAAUAUAACAUUUACACUUCCUGUAACAUCAAAUUACCUUACUUCUGGAAGUAGUUUCUACACAAUAAAACAAAUAGUUUCUAUACCGAUUUUUACUUAAACAUAUUACAAAAAUAUAACUUGAAAGGGGUUGCAUGAUCAAAAAUAAAUAUCAGGUUACUAUGUUUUGAUAUCGUGGUUAUUUGGCUCGGUUCAAUAACGGUGUAACAGGCUAGAUGAGGCUCACCUGUUACACUGCUAUCUAAACCUCGCCAAAUAAUCACGAUAUCAAAACGUAGUAACCUGAUAUUCUAUAUACGGCAUGUGCGCACACAAUUUAUUUGUAACUACUCGAUUAUUCUGUUAAGCUGAAUGCAUAUUUUUUUUGGUGUGGCUGAUAUUUGAUUGUGGAUGAUCAUUCAUAAUUCUUGUAUCAGUAAAAGGUGUACUGUAAAUAAUACUUUGUGCUUUGUGUUUGCAUACAUAUAUAUGUGCAUAUUUUUGUCAGUAAACACAUUUAUUACUGUAAA